UCAUCACUUUGAUCUCAUUCACACCGAGACAAGUUGCAAUGGAAGGCUCUAUCGUGUUCAUCUUAAUCGGAUGCUUUACGUCCUUUAGAAUUUGCCACAUAACCAAUUUCACCAGAGAAAUCCUUGACAGUUGUUUACCGACCAUCCGCCUUCUUUUCACACCGAUCAGGUUUAUCAUCCAAGAUGAGUGCUACGUCGAGGAGGAGGAAGACGAAGACGAGCUCUUGUCACCCGAGGAAUGCGAAUCAUGUAACGACAGAGGAGGACUGACCUAUGAUGAUAUUAAAUUGGUCAUGAGAAGUCUUGCAAUGGUGGGUUGGAGGAGUGAUGAAGUGGGGGAGGGUGGAGGUGAUGAUGGCAAAUGCAAAGAGUGUAGACAAUUGGAAGGAGUUCAUGAGUUGUUGGAGGAGAAAAAAGCUAGUUUGGAGGAGUUGGAGGAAGCAUUUUACGUGUUUGACCGGAACGAGGAUGGAUUCAUAAGCCCGGAGGAAUUAUGGGGUGUGUUGAGGAGGUUGGGAUGGGAGGGGAUGAAGUUGGAGGAUUGUGAGAGGAUGAUUAGAGUAUUUGAUGAGGAUGGUGAUGGGAGGAUUGAUUUCAGCGAGUUUAAGAACUUGAUGGAGAAUGCUACGUAGCUUAUUUUCUGUUCUUUCCCGAGGUGUCUCAGGCGCAAAUAAAACAAUCAUGCUUGUAAUUUUUUCUUUUAAUAAUAUUUAGGUGGAAUCUACCUCCCUUCUCCUCAAAAAACAAAUAUGCUUAUUGUCUUUUUUUUUUUAAAUUUAUUUUGUCUUGCCCCUUUCAGUACUGGCUGCGAGGAGUUUGUGGUUUGUGCUCAAUUCUGUACUCAGCUUGUAUGCGUUUCUUCUUAGU